AUGUCUACCAACAAACAGAAAUAUACUUGGGUGCAAUUUGAUAGCAUCAUGAGCAGCAACUCAUCCUCACCUGCAGCCCCACAGCUCUGCUAUGAGAAUGUGAAUGGAUCCUGUGUGAAAACUCCCUACUCUCCUGGACCCAGGGUGAUCCUCUACGCAGUAUUUGGUUUUGGUGCAGCCCUGGCAGUGUUUGGGAACCUCCUGGUUACUAUUUCAAUACUUCAUUUCAAGCAACUUCAUUCUCCAACCAAUUUCCUCAUCUCCUCUCUGGCCUGUGCAGACUUUCUGGUGGGUGUGACUGUGAUGCCCUUCAGCAUGGUCAGGUCUGUGGAGAGCUGCUGGUACUUUGGGAGAAGUUUUUGUACUUUCCACACUUGCUGUGAUAUUGCAUUUUGUUUGUCUUCCUUAUUCCACUUAUGCUUUAUCUCCAUAGACAGGUAUAUUGCUGUUACUGACCCUCUGGUGUAUCCUACCAAGUUCACUAAGAAUGUGUCAGGGAUAUGUAUCUGUGUUUCCUGGGUCCUGGCUUUGGUGUACAGUGGAUCUGUGUUCUACACGGGUGCCAAUGAUGAUGGGCUAGAGGAAUUAUCUAGUGCUAUCAACUGUGUAGGAGGUUGUCAACCUGUUAUAAAUCAAUUAUUCAUUUUGAUAAAUUCACUACUAUUUUUUAUACCUGCCAUUGUUAUGCUGGUAUUGUACAGUAAUAUUUUUUUUGUGGCUAAUAAGCAGGCUAAAGUGAUAGAAAGCCUUAGCAGCAAAGCAGAAGCUUUCUCAGGGACUAGCAAACCCAAAGUGACUAAGAGAGAAAGAAAAGCAGCAAAAACCCUGAGUAUCACAGUGAUAGCAUUUUUGGUCUCCUGGUUACCUUAUAUAAUUGAUUCAUUCAUUGACUGUUUCAUGGGUUAUAUAACACCUUCAUAUGUUUAUGAAAUACUUUGCUGGUUGGCUUAUUACAACUCUGCUUUAAAUCCUUUAAUUUAUGCUUUGUUUUACCCUUGGUUUAGGAAAGCAAUUACCUUUACUAUAACGGGAAAAAUCUUGAGAGAUAGCUCAUCAACCAUGAAUUUAUUUUCAAAACACACUUUUAUUUCAAACUAA